AGCGAAGAAGACAAAAGUCAUGGCUGCAUGAAUGGAAAGUGAACUGCGUGCUGUUGCAAGAAACCAAGCUCAAUGAAGACAAAUUGAAAGAAUUUGCGACAUGGUGGGAUGGCCCACAGUCCCUUACUUGUGAAAUUGUACAAUGAGGGGUUAGUAGGAGGUAGGCUGGGGAAAGGGAUGACACACGGGGCGAUCACAGUCUUAUUCAAGAAGGGUGAUAAGUCGAACGUCUCCCUCUUGAAUGUAGCGUACAACAUCCUCGCGAAGUCCUUAGUGUGCAGACUGUCCAAGCACCUCCCAGGGUUGGUGGAGAGGGACCAAGGGGCAUUUGUGCAGGGGAGAUCCAUUCUCAACAAUAUUUUGACCGUCAUUGAAACACUAGAGAUUGUUCAGAUAGAAGCGCUUGAUAUGGCUAUUCUCUUGUUGGACGUCGAGAAAGUUUACGAUAAGGUGGGUUGGACAUUCGUCCUUACCACCCUCAAGAAGAUGGGCUUCAGAACCGCCUUCUGCUCAUGGAUCAAGGCAAUGUAUACAUUCUCUUCCUCUGUAGUCAUGAUCAACGGGCACCUCUCAACUCUAUUUCAGCUCUCUCGCUCACUGAGACAAUGGUGCCCACAUGCUCCACUGGUCUUCGUGUUGCAGCUUGAAGUGCUCCUCAAUUGGAUUAGGCGGAAGCUAGACAUCCGAGGCCUGCAACUGCACAACGGGGAGGAAUGUAGGGUGAAAGCGUUCGGAAGCCUGGAUCAAUUGGAGGAAAUCCACCUAUCUGCUGCCUACCCACUUCACACUCAAUGUGGAAUGGGGGAUGAAACAGGUGGAAAAGGGCGAAGAGGAGAGAUUCCUUGGAGUGCUAAUCAGCCUCCAAUUGGAGGUGUCGAUACAAGGCUCGCUGCUGCAGCAGAGCAUUACGGCAAGGCUCGGGUUGUGGGGAACGGCGCGGCAUUUGUCCUUGAUAGGGAGGGUACUGGUGGCCAAUGUAGCGUUGCUCUCAAUUUUGUGGUUCAUGACCACGGUGAGAGAACUGGCAGUUGGGGUGGUAAAAGCGAUCAGGAGGCUGGUGGCGAGAUUCAUAUGGAAACCACGGGCACAGUCAGCAGAGGGCUUUAUCUCCAAAGUGGCCUUUGACACUUUAACCUUCCCGAGGGCGAAAGGGGGACUGGGGUUGGUGGACCCAGCCCAUAAGAAUUACGCACAACUUCGAGGUCGGAUCACCAAAGUGGCCAAGUUGAGCACCCGAGACCAUUGGAUGACACUGGCAGAAAGGAUUCUAAUGAAUGAAUGGGCCUAAGCAUG